CCAUCCAAAUCCAUCAAUAAACAAAACUGACGUGUACCUUCAAAACAAUAUUAAACGAAAAUCAUUGAAGUUCAUGAUCUUGUGAAAAUGGCAGAGACUCAAAGACUGUCCGACGACCGCGUACCAGGGAACGCUAAUCCGAUGGGAGACGGUGACGCGCCACAGCCACCGCUCUCGGAGGGUGAUACUUCACCGCUUUCUGAGCGCGAGGCUUACUUCGUAGCCCUGCGAGUGUGGAUUCAGCAAGCUCGAAUGUAUCAGAACCUGUCAUCAUGCUUUCCCUACUACAUGAUGGCUUUUCGAGGCCUUAAUCCUGCUCAGACGAACGUGCCACUUCUUAAUAAUAAUUAUCAGUUUCAAGGGCAACAGUUCCCUUUUCAAAUGCCUAAUCUGCCGCGGAAUGCUCCGCCCAACCAGCCACAGCAGGAGACACUUACACCAGCUGAAGUGAUUGCCCGACACGGGGGCUAUGAGUAUGUGAUCCCCCCGCUGUACAAGAGGCUUGCGGCCGAGUUCAUUGACUUCAUGCUGCUGUUCAUACUCAAACUUAUUGUCACCUUCAUAGCUGUUGAUAUGUUCGAGUUGAUAGAUUUGGAUAAAUUUGACAUCAUCAAAUUCACAGAACACUAUGAUGACUACAAAUAUGCAAUGGAGUUAACAUCAGAAAUACUGUUUCUAGAAGUCAUUUACAGGGUGCUGGUUUGCAUAUUUGAGGCAUUCUGUCUGUGCGGCAGCGUCGGCCGCACGGGCGGGGCCACGCCCGGCAAGGCCCUCCUCGGCCUCCGCGUCGUCACGGCCUCCGCCGUCAUCCCGGUAGAAGGCCGGCCGCGGGAAACCGUCCUCCUCUACCCGGGCCGGCCUCUCUCCUUCCUGCUCGCACUAGUGAGAUCCCUUAUGAAGAACUUUUUGAUCAGUCUUCUUUUCCCGCUCUGUGUUGUUUUGUUUGUGUUUAGACAUAAUCGUACGGGCUACGAUUUGUUAUGUGGGGUUAUUGUGGUUGAGGAGAACAUGUUUCCUAGGAGGCGGCAUGCGCCGUAAAGAAAGUUCUUUAUGCGGGUUUUGU